GUCCUCUCAGUAUUGGGACGCGGCCCGUCCUCUCAGGUAAACAGAUGCUGAACUUUCUUCUGCAGUCCGGCGACAUUAACCACCGCAACAACCCGGGAUAAGUAAAGAAAUAAACUCCAUGCGUGUUGAGAGGGAAGGUGUGAUCGCACUCUGAGGUCAACAUGCGCUUCCUGUGACGACGAGGCCGCAGGCCGCGGCGGACCGCUCCGGGACUACAGUUUGGACCCCGCUGUUACCGUCCUCCGAUUGGUCGCCCGCCACCUGCCCUGUCAGCAUGCAGCUGUCCUAUCAGAAGCUGCCGGCCCAGCUGAGGCGGAGCUCCAGACUCCGGAAGCUGGCGGCCGCGCUGCUCGCCGCCUACGCCGUUAAAAGACUGUCGCCGUACAUCUGGAGGAGGAUACAGAGGAGUGCAGCAGGUAAACAGCUGGGUGGAGAUAAUCUACCUGUGGGCGUGGUCAGCACCUCCUCCUCCAGCUCUGAGGACGGCAGUGGAGGGAAGAAGAAGAAGAGAGACAGCAGGUCUCCGUCAGUGAACCGAGACUUUGUCCUCAGACUCUGUCGUCUGUUGAAGCUGUUGUUUCCACGGUUACUGUGUCCAGAGAUCGGCCUGCUGGCUCUGCACUCGCUGACUCUGAUGUCCAGAACCUUCCUGUCCAUCUACGUCGCUGCUCUGGACGGGUUGAUCGUGAAGUGCAUCGUUCAGAAGGAUCCUCAGGCCUUCGUGCUGCAGCUCUCUAAGUGGCUCCUCGUCGCAGUUCCUGCAACUUUCAUCAACAGCGCCAUCAGAUUCCUGGAGGGUCAGCUGACCCUCAGGUUCAGGAGCCGAUUGGUUGACCACGCCUACCAGCUGUACUUCACCAACCAGACUUACUACCGUGUCAGUAACAUGGACGGCCGCCUGUCCAAUCCCGAUCAGUCUCUCACCGAGGACAUCGUCAUGUUUUCAGCCUCCAUCGCCCACCUGUACUCCAACCUCACCAAACCCAUCCUGGACGUGGUCGUCACCUGCUACACGCUGCUGCGCACCGCACACUCCAAAGGGGCCAACACCACGUGGCCGUCCGUCAUCGCCGGCCUGGUGGUGGUGCUCACCGCCAAAGUCCUGCGCUCCUGCUCGCCUCGAUUCGGGAAGCUGGUGGCCGAGGAAGCGAGGAGGAAAGGAGACCUGAGAUACAUGCACUCUCGCAUCAUCGCCAACUCCGAGGAGAUCGCUUUCUACGGAGGACACAAGGUGGAGAUGGCCCAGCUGCAGAGGAGCUACACGUCUCUGACUUCUCAGAUCCAUCAGAUCCUGCUGAAGCGUCUGUGGUACAUCAUGCUGGAGCAGUUCCUCAUGAAGUACGUGUGGAGCGCCUCCGGCCUGGUGAUGGUCGCCGUGCCAAUCAUCACUGCCACGGGAUACUCUGAACACGACUCUGAGGAGGUGAAGCAGGCUGUCAUGGUGAUGAAGGAGGAGGAGCUGGUGAGUGAGAGGACGCAGGGCUUCACCACGGCCAGAAACCUCCUCAACGCCGCCGCCGACGCCGUGGAGAGGAUCAUGAGCUCGUACAAGGAGGUGACGGAGUUGGCCGGUUACACGGCUCGAGUCUCUGAGAUGCUGGACGUGUUUGAAGAUGUGAAGGAGGGAAUCUACCGCCGCUCUGCAGACAGAGAGGAGGAGCUAACAGGAGGAGGAGCCGUGGUUCAGCACGGUCAGAGGGUCUGUGGUCGUCUGGAGAUCAGAGGUCACGUGAUCAGUGUGGAGAAGGGGAUUCGCUGUGAGAACCUGCCAAUCAUCACUCCGACCGGAGACGUGGUGGUUUCCAGCCUCAACAUCCAGGUGGACGAGGGGAUGAACGUGUUGAUCACAGGUCCAAACGGCUGCGGGAAGAGUUCUCUGUUCAGGAUCCUCAGUGGACUGUGGCCUGUUUAUGGAGGAGUACUGUACCGUCCAGAACCACAGCACAUGUUCUACAUCCCUCAGAGGCCCUACAUGUCAGAGGGGACCCUCAGAGACCAGGUGAUCUACCCGGACUCGCUGGAGGAGAUGGUUCAGAGAGGAGUCAGAGAUUCAGAUCUGGAGGAAAUCCUUCGGACCGUCCACCUGCUCUACAUCCUGGACAGAGAGGGAGGCUGGGAGUCGGUCAGCGACUGGAAAGACGUUCUGUCUGGAGGAGAGAAACAGAGGAUGGGGAUGGCUCGCAUGUUCUACCAUCGCCCUCGCUACGCUCUGCUGGACGAGUGUACGAGCGCCGUCAGCAUCGACGUGGAGGGAAGCAUCUUCCAGGCUGCAAAGGAUGCUGGGAUAGCCCUGCUGUCAAUCACGCACAGACCCUCCCUGUGGAAGUACCACUCUCACCUGCUGCAGUUUGAUGGAGAAGGAGGAUGGAGGUUUGAACCUCUGGACGCCUCCACCCGUCUCUCCCUGCAGGAGGAGAAACACCGACUGGAGAGUCAGCUGUCGGGGAUUCCCAAGAUGCAACAGAGACUGGCGGAGCUGUGUGUCCUGCUGGGGGAGGAGGAGGAGUGAACUGCAGAGGAAGAGUCCCUGAUGGAAGAAAUCUGCUUUUUUUAAUAGUUACCAUGGAGACACACACAGCAGGCUGAUCAUGUGAUUGAUCUGAUGGUUGUAAGUUUCUCGGGCUGAUCUGGUGUCUGUUGUGAGUUUAACUGGUGUGAUGGAGCUGCUCACUAACAGGACCGGUCCUUGAUUACAGACGGUGAUCAGAAACAUUAAUAAAGAACUUUAAUAUGAGACGUUAUAAACGAGACGAAGCUGCACAAUCGCCAGGAACAAUUUACAAAAGUAGUAAAAACUAGGGCUGAACAAUCCAAAUCACAGCACGGCCUACCGACAUAUUUGUUAAAGGUCAUGUGUGCCAAAAUAACAUGUUAAAUUAAUCAGCCCCUCCAGGAUUUUGCCAUCACAACUACAAACCCCCGCGAGUUCGUUGCCACGCAUCAUCAAACUCACUUCGUUGUUUAGAAGACCAGGAAUCCAGAUCUUCUUCACCAAAGUGGGUAACAUAAAGAGAGAGAACGUUAGAAACUCAUGGAGGACGUCAGACGUGACUCUGAGACGCAGGCUGCUGCAUGCAUUUAAGGAUUCAGCUUUAAAACGUUUAAAACGUCACAGUUUUCACUUAUUCCCACAGUUUCACCUCAGAAAAAUGCCCAAGAACAUCACAGUUUUUUUUUUUUUUAAACUGCAGCAAAAUCACAAAAAAGUCCCGCGAGAUCCUGGAGGGACUGAUAUAAGAUCGUGUCCCACAAAUCAUCUUCUAGAGACUUAAGAAAACAUCUGUGUUUGGUACAGAUCCUGCAAAAGUCGCACUGUAAUUCAUUCUAAUGUUUUUCAACGAAAAUGAGAGCAAUGAUGUAAAAAUGAUCAACGGACCACGGUCGCCCGCUGAGGCUGCAAAGGUUCAAACUGCUCACCUGAAACUCAUCGUUCACACAGCGACAGCAGAACCUGCAGGAGCAACCUGCUCAAGGACACUUCGACUCGAUCAAACCGCCGACCUUCUGAUUAGUGGACGACCCGCUCUACCUCCUGAGCCGCGGCUCUGAGUUUUUUUUUUUUUUUUUGUGAACAAACUGAUAAUUGAUGAUUAUUCAAAUUAAUAUAUAUUAAAACAGAGAAUCUGAUGAA